AUGGAAAACAACGUAAACAUUGAAAUUGUAGAACAAGGCUCUCCAGAAGUUCCAUCACUUAUUAAGUAUAUAUCAUCAAGUGAAGUUGCUGGCUUUGAUACUUCUGACUUUCAGUUUCCCAGCCCAUCCACCAAUGGAAGUGAAGCAACCUCUCAAGGAAGACAAGAUGUUGAACCUGUCGUCAUCAAUCAUCAAAAGAAGUAUUCUAUGAGCAUGCCACUUUCUUCUCUACUUGAGGUUCAACCACUGGCCACCAAAACAGCUGGUAUUUCCAAUUCCUCUAAACAAUUAGGAAAUGCUAUCUCUAACCACCCGCAGCCAUCAAAAUGUUACUCUCAACCAAUGCCAAAAGUCCAUGUGGCUCAAGAGGGAGUUAACGGAGACAAGCUAAACAUCCAUCCUGGCAUCAAAGCAUUCAAGGAUAAGAGGUUUGACACUUUCAAAACGUGGUCUGGAACACUUGAGAGGCAAUUAUCAAUUCUACGAGGAAAGUCACCCAGGGCAACUGCACAAGAUGGUAACAACAACCCCAGGAACACCGAGAGGCCUUUUCCUGUGGAUCGGUAUUUUGAUGCAUUGGAAGGUCCAGAGUUAGAAACUCUCAGGGCUUCAGAAGAGACAGUACUUCCUCAGGACAGUCAAUGGCCAUUUCUUCUUCGGUUUCCUAUUUCAUCCUUUGGUAUUUGCCUUGGAGUUAGCAGCCAAGCAAUUCUUUGGAAAGCAAUUGCCACAUCUCCUUCAACUCAAUUUCUUCACAUAAGUCUCAAAGUCAACUUAAUCUUAUGGAUCAUAUCCAUUGCUCUUGUUGCCAUAGUUUCCAUCAUCUAUAUUCUCAAAUUCAUUCUCUACUUCGAAGCAGUUCGUCGUGAGUACUACCAUCCGAUCCGUGUUAACUUCUUCUUUGCACCAUGGAUAGCUCUCUUGUUCUUAGCUCUUGGGGUUCCCCCGUCAGUGACCAAAGACUUGCACCAUGCCCUUUGGUACAUUCUAAUGAUACCAAUAUUAUGUCUUGAACUAAAGAUCUAUGGACAGUGGAUGUCUGGGGGUCAAAGGAGGCUCUCAAAGGUGGCCAAUCCUUCAAACCAUUUAUCAAUUGUUGGAAACUUUGUUGGGGCCUUACUUGGGGCUUCUAUGGGCCUUAAAGAAGGGCCUAUUUUCUUUUUUGCUGUUGGACUGGCCCACUACAUGGUCCUGUUUGUAACUCUCUAUCAGAGACUUCCAACAAAUGAGACCCUCCCAAAAGAGCUCCAUCCUGUGUUCUUUCUGUUUGUUGCAGCCCCUAGUGUUGCUUCCAUGGCAUGGGCCAAUAUUCAGGGUUCUUUUGAUUAUGGAUCACGAAUUGCCUAUUUCAUAGCCCUUUUCCUUUAUUUCUCACUGGCUGUCAGGAUCAAUUUUUUCAGAGGAUUCAAAUUCUCGCUUGCAUGGUGGGCCUAUACUUUUCCUAUGACUGGUGCAGCAAUUGCAACAAUAAGAUACUCAAACCAGGUCACAAAUGGGGUUACAAAGACACUGAGUGUCAUACUGAGUCUCAUCUCCACACUCAUAGUAACAGCCCUGCUUGUAUCAACUAUAGUGCAUGCCUUUGUCUUCAAAAACCUCUUUCCCAAUGACCUUGCCAUUGCCAUCAGUGACAGAAAGAGAAAGUCACAAAGGAAGUGGCUAGGUCUCAGAUACAGAAGCCAUGAGUCCAAUGAGAUUGAAAAUUACUUGAAGUUUGUGAACCCGGAUAAUAUUGAUUUAGAAGCUUCUCCCACAGAAUCGAAUAGCACAGAGCGUUCACCAUCUAUCUGA